UUUUGUUUUUCCUUUUUUAUUGUGCAGUUGAAGAAGAGAUAUGGAUUGGCUUCCUAAGCAAAUAUAACUGAGUAUGAGCUGCUUCCGAGCUGAGGGAAGCUGCAGCUAAGCUCUUCCACAACUGUUUCUGACUGGAGAUAUGGGGGCUUUGAAAUUUGAAGGAAUUUUUGAAGUCAACAACUUUCUUCAAUUAGUGUCCUCCCCCCCCAGUUGAAAGCUGCUCUACUCCUUCCUUGUGGUUUCCGUGGUUUAAGCUGAAAGUCUCAUCUCCGAAAAUUUAGCACCCUUCACCAUGUACUGAAAACUUCAUGACCAGGUUCUUGUAAUUCUGAAGAGCUCUGAUCCAAUUCAGACAAGUCUUAGAGGAUCUCUAUCAGAUUGGAUCAGGUCGGGUAUUCGGGAUGAAGUUGCUUCAGUGGUUGCUCUUGUGCUUGUUGAUGGCCAUGAUAGUCGGUGGCGGGACUCAAAGGUCCAGCUCUCCCUCGUCAAGGUCAAGCGUCGUCAACCUAGGAGCUCUGUUUACUUUCAAUUCGACCAUCGGAAAAGUGGCAAUGCCAGCAAUUAAAGCUGCUGUUGAUGAUGUUAAUUCCGACACUACCAUUCUUCAAGGGACAAAGCUGAGCCUUAUCGUUCAGGAUUCAAAUUGCAGUGGAUUUCUUGGAACUAUAGAAGCUUUGCAGAUGAUGGAGAAAGGCGUGGUUGCUGUUAUUGGUCCACAAUCUUCUGUUAUAUCUCAUGUUAUUUCUCAUGUUGUUAAUGAACUUCAUGUGCCACUUCUAUCAUUUGCAGCAACAGACCCCACUCUUUCCGCAUUACAGUACCCUUAUUUUCUACGCACAACGCAGAGUGACCUUUUCCAGAUGCAGGCCGUAGCUGAUUUAGUUGAAUUUAAUGGUUGGAGGGAGGUAAUUGCAAUCUUUGUGGAUGAUGAUUAUGGGAGAAAUGGGAUAUCCACAUUGGGUGAUGCACUGGCAAAGAAACGUUCCAAGAUCUCAUACAAAGCUGCCUUCACUCCAGGGGCCUCAAGAAGUGAGAUUAAUGACCUGUUGGUUGGAAUUAAUCUGAUGGAAUCUCGAGUUUAUGUAGUGCAUGUACAUCCUGAUUCUGGUUUAACAAUUUUCUCUCUUGCAAACACUCUUGGGAUGAUGGGCAGUGGCUAUGUCUGGAUUGCAACAGAUUGGCUUCCUUCUGUUUUGGAUUCAUCAGAGCCAGUGGACCCUGAUAUCAUGAAUCUCAUACAAGGGGUGGUUGCACUCCGCCAUCACACCCCAGAUUCCAAUCUCAAAAAGAAAUUUCUUUCCCGGUGGAGCAACUUGCAACAAAAAGGAAAUGCUAGUUCAAGCUUGAAUUCUUAUGGGCUCUAUGCCUAUGAUACUGUUUGGUUAAUUGCCCAUGCUCUUGAUGAGUUUCUGAAUGAAGGAGGAAAUAUUUCUUUCUCUAGUGAUCCCAAGUUGCAUGAUGCAAAUGGAAGCAAGCUGCAUUUAGCAGCACUCCGUUCAUUUGAAGGAGGACAAGGGCUGGUCCAGAAAUUGGUCAUGAUGAACUUCACUGGUCUAACUGGUCAGAUUCAAUAUGAUUCAGAUAAAAAUUUGAUUCAUCCAGCAUAUGAUAUUCUUAAUAUUGGUGGAACUGGGUCUCGCAGAGUAGGGUAUUGGUCAAAUUAUUCAGGUCUCUCAAUUGUUGCUCCAGAAAUAUUGUAUACAAAGCCUCCUAACACUUCUGCCAGCAGCCAACAGCUUUACAGCAUAAUUUGGCCUGGAGAAACUACAAUAAAGCCACGUGGGUGGGUAUUCCCCAACAAUGGGAAGCCUCUGAGAAUCGGGGUUCCUAACCGAGUAAGCUAUAAGGAAUUUGUGGGAAAGGAUAAGGGCCCUCUUGGGGUGAAAGGGUUUUGCAUAGAUGUCUUUGAAGCUGCAGUGUCCUUGUUGCCAUAUCCUGUUCCGCACACAUAUAUAUUAUACGGGAAUGGUUCAAGAAAUCCUAGUUAUGCCGAACUUGUUGAGAUGGUCACCCAAAAUAAAUUUGAAGCAGCUGUGGGAGACAUAACCAUUGUUACAAAUAGGACAAAGAUUGUGGACUUCACACAGCCUUUUAGUGAAUCAGGCCUUGUCAUAGUUGCUCCUGUUAGAGAAAAAAGGUCGAGUGCUUGGGCUUUUCUAAAGCCUUUUACAGUACAGAUGUGGUGUACCACAGGUGCUUUCUUUCUUUUUGUGGGAGCUGUUGUUUGGAUUCUCGAGCAUCGGAUGAACACUGAAUUCCGUGGUCCACCAAGGCAACAACUUAUAACUGUAUUUUGGUUUAGUUUCUCAACAAUGUUUUUUGCUCAUAGAGAAAACACUGUGAGCACCCUUGGACGUUUGGUUCUGAUCUUAUGGCUUUUUGUCGUUCUAAUCAUCAAUUCAAGUUAUACAGCUAGCUUGACAUCAAUCCUGACAGUGCAGCAGUUGUCAUCACGGAUAGAAGGGAUUGACAGCUUAAUAUCAAGUAAUGAACCUAUUGGAUACCAGGAUGGGUCUUUUGCAAGAAGCUAUAUGAUCAACGAGCUCAACAUUCCAGAGUCCAGGCUUGUGAACUUAAGAGACCAGGAAGAAUAUGCUGAUGCCCUCCUGCGUGGACCAAAAGGUGGUGGUGUUGCUGCAAUUGUUGAUGAAUUUCCUUAUGUUGAGAUCUUCUUGUCACACAACAAUUGCAAGUUUAAGAUUGUGGGACAGGAGUUCACGAAAAGUGGAUGGGGCUUUGCGUUUCCGAGGGACUCUCCUCUUGCUAUUGACUUGUCAACUGCUGUCCUUCAGCUCUCAGAGAAUGGUGAUCUCCAGAGGAUCCAUGAUAAAUGGUUGUCAUCAAAUGGGUGCUCCAUGCAAGUGGCUGAAAUUGAUUCGAACCGACUGUCUCUCAACAGCUUCUGGGGUCUUUUCCUAAUAUGUGGCAUUGCAUGUUUUCUUGCGCUUCUGGUGUUUUUUGUUAGGGUUCUUUGUCAGUACCGCAGGUAUAAUCCAGAUGAGGUUGAGGAAGAGGAAGUUGAAUCCAGUCAUUGUUCUCGGCAUACAACCCGCUCUACUAGCUUUAAGAGCUUAAUUGAUUUUGUUGAUAAGAAAGAAGCUGAGAUCAAGAACAAGCUCAAGAGGAAGACAGGUGAUGGUAAACAAAACCAGAUGAUUAGUCAGGGUUCAGAAGGACAGUCCAACUCUUCUCCUUAAAAAGAAAUUCUUUGUAUACUAAUACAUCCUUCUUUUUUUAUUAUGGGAAGGCAUAAGUUGAAAUUUUCCUGGUAUAGUUUUCAAUAUAAAAUGAGAAAAGAAAAUUGCUAGCAGGUACUAAUUGUUGUAUGCAAAUUAAGCUCAUAUUUCUACCAAUUUACUGACGGAAAAGAGAUUGACAAGAUAUUGAAGAUUCUUGCCUUGACUUCUGCAUGAUUGGAUUUACGUAUUUGGAAUGUUGAGUGAACCUCUUUCAGACAACCACUUUGCCUAGUUGUUUGUUCCGGGAAAAUGAUUCAUUGUGCCUCCCAUUGUAGUCAACAAUGUAAGGCAGUUUUGUAUUUGGUUUGUUUGGUAUUUUCUUGCUUUUUCUUAUUCGUCAACUAUUAUAAAUGAAAACAUGACAUGUAUCAUGCUUAAAA